AUGGCCGCCUCCUGGCAACGAAUCGUCUCCUUUUGGAUGCUUGUCAUGGCGGUAUCUUCAGCCAUAGCAUCUCCGAUGCGUAACAUUAUGUAUCUCACUGGCCAACACCCUGUGAUCCCCGAUGCCUCUCUCAGCGCGUCCAUCACGCAUGUCGCAAUGGCGUUCAUGGGUUCAGACCUCUUCAACCGAGAGGAAGGAAGCUCCAGCUGGCCGCUGUUCAUGUCGGUAGAGGACGCUCGAUCACAGUUCCAUCCCGGGACCAAGAUCAUGGUGGCUAUUGGUGGUUGGGGCGAUACGGCAGGCUUCGACACUGCUGCGCGUUCCGACGAGAGUCGCUCCAAAUUCGCACGCAACGUCGCUGCCAUGGUCGACCACACCGGUGCUGAUGGUGUUGACAUUGACUGGGAAUAUCCGGGGGGAAAUGGCGAGGAUUACAAGCAAGUUCCGAAUGAACACAAGACUUGGGAAAUCACCGCGUAUCCCCUGCUUCUCACUGAGAUCCGAAAUGUGCUCGGCCCCAACAAGCUCAUCUCUGCUGCCGUUCCCGGUAUCCCACGCGACAUGUUUGCCUUCACUCCCGAGACGGUUCCCAAAAUCAUGGAGUCGCUGGAUUUCUUCAACGUCAUGACAUAUGAUCUGAUGAACCGGCGGGACAAUGUGACCAAGCAUCAUACAGGGGUUCAGCUAAGCCUGGAGACGGUGGAGGCGUACCUGGCGAGAGGGGUGCCGUCAACCAAGAUCAACCUGGGCUUCGCAUUCUAUACCAAGUACUUCCGCACUGAGGGCAAGUCAUGCGCCGAGCACGCUGUCGGAUGCCCGACCGGUCUCAUGGAGGAUCCAGAGACGGGUGCUGAUCUGGGGAAGACCGGCGUCUUCUCGUGGCAUGAUGCGGUGCCUGACGAUGUCAAGCUGUCGUUUGGGAAGGCAAUAAAGGAUGGGCAAUACGAUGAGGUUGGUGGAGGCUACUGGUACUGGGACGAGGUCGAGGGUCUGUGGUGGACGUUUGAUACGCCUGAAGCCAUCCUGAGAAAGUUUCCCCUGAUUGUCACGGAAAAGAAACUAGGGGGCGUGUUCGCAUGGGGUCUGGGUGAGGAUGCGCCCGACUGGGCUCACCUGAAAGCUCUCAAUGUCGGCGUGAAGGGUCUCGAUACCAAAGAUGAGCUGUAA